AGUUGUCAAUGACAGUGUCGAAUUUGGUUAACAAAAUAUUUAAUGGCUUAUUUGCUAAGUGUGGCUUAUGGUUAGGUUGUUACGAGUGUUCUUGUAUAAAUAGGAUACGUUACAUCCGGGAAACUUAUCGGAGUUUUCCCAUGGUCGUCACUAGUUACCACAGCCACAAAGUCAUAAACCCCGCCCAUGUCUACAAUUGAUCUUCUUUAAAAAUAUACAUAUAUAUUUUAAUUCUAACCUUAACCACACUGCUAACCUUAUGACUGACUCUAACCUUAAAUUAAAAACUAAAAGCUUAUUUUUGUUAUCAAUAAAACAAAUUAACGAUAGUCAAUUUGUUCCCGCUGUUCCCUCUCUCUCGCGUGAACAUUCCACAUAUUAUGGAGGAACCGUUGAGCUCACGCAGGAAAAUGUAUGCUCUCGCGAGACAGGAAACGCCCACUUACACAGACGGGAACCGCGGCCAUUUUUUUUAAAACGGUAAAUAAACGGCCUGGAGGAAACAAUGUUAUUUAUCCACCGUCUUUCCUUGGUAUUCCACUGGAACAAUUUCAAUGUUGCACAACUUGGCAGCCGUGUCGAUGAAGGAGCACAAUUGUAUAAUAAAUAUAACGUUUAAAUAACAAUUGCACUUAAAACUGUAUUCUUCACAUCGACACAACACGAAAAACCAAUAAAUCAACUGCAACAGCGUUGAAGUUUGAGCCAUGGCAGCGUUGUCGGAGGAGGUGCUGCUGGUGGUGAAAAGGGUCCGACAGAGGAAGCAGGACGGGACCCUCUACCUGAUGGCAGAGAGGAUAGCCUGGGGACCAGAGGGAAAAGACCGCUUUACCGUUAGCCACCAGUAUGCUGACAUACGCUGUCAGAAGAUCAGCCCAGACGGCAAGGCCAAGAUUCAGCUGCAGUUGAUCCUACACACGGGGGAGAGCACCAACUUCCACUUCUCCAACGAGAGCACUGCCCUGAAAGACCGCGAUGCAGCCAAGGACCUCCUGCAGCAGCUGCUGCCCAAGUUCAAGAAGAGGGUUAACAAGGAACUGGAGGAGAAGAACAGAAUGUUACAGGAAGAUCCGGUGCUGUUCCAGCUGUACAAGGAUCUGGUCGUAAGUCAGGUGAUCAGUGCUGAAGAGUUCUGGGCCAAUCGGCUGAGCAUGAACAGCGUGGACCACUCCUUCUCCAACAACAAGCAGGAAGUGGGCAUCUCGGCAGCCUUCCUGGCGGACAUACAGCCUCAGACAGAUGGCUGUAACGGCCUGAGAUACAACCUUACCUCUGACAUAAUAGAGUCUAUCUUCAGGACGUACCCUGCAGUGAAACAGAAGUAUGGUGAGAACGUUCCUCAUAACCUGACAGAGAAGGAGUUCUGGACACGGUUCUUCCAGUCCCACUACUUCCACCGAGACCGCAUCAACACGAGCCUUCAGGACAUCUUCUCAGAGUGUGCCAAGCAGGACGAGAAGGGCUUGAAGUCCAUGGUAGUCCAAGGAGUGAAGAACCCUAUGCUGGACCUGCUGUCACUUGAGGACAAGACGUCAGAGGAGGGUUAUGGGUCUAACUCCACAGCACCUUCUACGUCCAACACUAACAAGACAGUGAAGGAGAACAGUAACUCUGCCAUCAUCAAGAGGUUCAACCACCACAGUACCAUGGUGCUGGCCGCAGGCUCCGGAAAGAAAGCGGAUGUUCCCAACGAUCAGGCCAGUGAGACGAGCAGUACUGAUGGAAACUCAAGGGACUCAGACUUCUUCCAACCUCCAAUUAAGAAGAAGGUGAGAAUACAAGAGGCCGUGGAGUAUGAGGACCUUCACAGAGAAAACAGGAAGAAGACAGUCACUCUUAACCUGAAGAAAUCUGACAGGUACUCUCAUGGUCCUGUGCCUCUCCUGCCCCAACAGUACACCACCAGUCAAGACAUCAUCAACUCUGUCAACUGUAUACAGCAUGAAAUAGCCAGCUACAAGCCCUGUCUUACUCAGGUGAUGUCCAGCAGUACAGCCAGUUCUGCCAUCACUGCCCUCUCCCCAGGGGGCGUUCUCAUGCAGGCAGGAGCACAACAAGCCAUUAACCAGAUGGUCCCCUCCGACGUUCAGGGGGAGCUGAAGCAUCUGUACACGGCUGCUGGGGAGCUGCUGAGACACUUCUGGUCCUGCUUUCCUGUCAACACGCCUUUCCUGGAAGAGAAGCUGGUGAAGAUGAGGUCCAAUCUAGAGAGAUUUCAGAUGACAAAGCUCCGCCCCUUCCAGGAGAAGAUUCAGCGCCAGUACCUCAGUCCUAACCUUACAGGACACCUGAUGGACAUGUUUCAGAUGGCCUACAAUAAAUUCCACGCCUGGCAAACACGUCGGAUGUUGAGGAAAACCUGAGGGGAGAGAAACAAACAAAAUGGACGGCUUGUCAGAGAGGGGAAUGAGAGAGAAAGAAAGAACGAAUGAACGACAACAAGAUGGAUAUACAGACCUUGGUCUAGUUACCAGGCUGCUUGUGACAGUGGAGAGAGAGACAGACAGCAUAGUCACAGUGGUCUGCGUGUGGUGGGAUGAAGAUGAAAGCAGGUGCUGCUGCUACAUCAGCCGACAGACACAAACAAACUCACUCACUGGAUCUCCAUCACAAAUAUAAAUUCAUUUCUUUCUUUCUGUUUUUUUGGGGGGGUUUUGGGCGGGUUUUCCCUCAAUGAUGAUGACGUCGUCCCUGACACUCCCUUUAUAAGGGUUGAACGGACAUGAGACAAACUUCAAACGGCCAAAGUUCAGAGGGGAAAGUCGAAAGGAACUCAGGAAGUGAACAAGACCAUGUUUAAUAAAGCUGUGUGGAUGUGAAGCUUAACGACUCAACAGUACAAAAGACUGGUGGAGACUGGGGGCUGAAUACAGAGGUGAUUCAGCGCUCGCAGGCCUCUUCAGGGAGCGGACUACGAGGUCCAGGAAACCUGCGCUGUCAGGACAGGCGAGGGGAGUAGCAAUACUGUAAAGACAUUUUUCCCACUGUAGUGCAUUAGUAUGUCUGCGCUCCAUAUUCCCUAUAUCAGGGGUGCCAAACUCAGUCCUCGGAGGGGCCUAGUGCAGCGUUCCCCCAAACUCAGUCCACGGAGGGGCCUAGUGCAGCGUUCCCCAAACUCAGUCCACGGAGGGGCCUAGUGCAGCGUUCCCCCAAACUCAGUCCACGGAGGGGCUAGUGCAGCGUUCCCCCAAACUCAGUCCACGGAGGGGCUAGUGCAGCGUUCCCCCAAACUCAGUCCACGGAGGGGCCUAGUGCAGCGUUCCCCCUAACUCAGUCCACGGAGGGGCCUAGUGCAGCGUUCCCCCAAACUCAGUCCACGGAGGGGCCUAGUGCAGCGUUCCCCCUAACUCAGUCCACGGAGGGGCCUAGUGCAGCGUUCCCCCAAACUCAGUCCACGGAGGGGCCUAGUGCAGCGUUCCCCCAAACUCAGUCCUCGGAGGGGCCUAGUGCAGCG